AACGUUAAGUAGAGUCUUGAAGUAAAUUUAAUAACUGAUAUUAUAUUAAAGCAUUUUGAAAUGAAACCAGUACAAUUUAUAACAUUUCUAUAUCAAAAGAAAGCCACAACGAGUCAGAUGGAGUAUUUGUGAAUGUAAUUUAAAUGAUAAGUGGCUUAUUUUUGUUGAUAAUAUCGAAACAAUGGUUAAUACCUUUAAAUAUACUGAUAAAUUGUUUAAGUGUACUGAUACAUUAUCAAACUUAUAAAACAAUAAAGUGUUGAGUGUUAUACAUAUUGAAUAGUCAUGAUUUGCUAUUUGUGCUCCGUGAUCCUAUCUCAAUCCGCGGGAUCUUAGGGGUUAACACUUAUUGAAUUUAUAGAUCCUCGAGUAUUUAUGAUAUUUCAAAUGGAUGUGUAUCUAUUGUAAAGUGUGUGUUAAAAUAAUUUGUGUACGACUCGGAUUUGUUUUGAAAACCAUGGAAAGGUAACAAAGAAUGAAGGGUACAGACACACCUGAAUUAAGCAGCCAGUAAAAGGAGCGACAGAAUCUCGCUGCUUAAUGCAGAUGAUUUCUUAAUCAGAACAAAAAGUCAGUUUGGGAAGUUUGCUUGCAAGUGGCUGUUUAAUACCGGUGCCGCCAAGGGAGGAUCAACUGUUGUUGAAGACUAUGUUACCAUCUAGUUACACGAGACGAUUAAGGACGAGAGACCUCAUUCAGAGAAACUUUCCAGAUAUAAAUAGAACAACAAGUAAGUCUAGUUCGAAGACCUUUACGCGUGUCGGCUUUGCUGACACCAAAUCUACACAUGCUUACCUACCGUUUCUUCUAAGGGAGAAAACUAAAACUCACUGUGCUUCAAGAGUAUCCGGACAAAUCAAUCUCGUCUUGGAAAGGCUUUCUGAAAUCGACAAAAAACAUGAAGAGGAAGAAGCUGUUUACAAAAGAAAAGCAAAUGCAAUUUUCUUUAAAGAGAAAAGAGAUACACCAAUUCCGCCACAGAAGUUAGAUAAACAACACAGUAGGUUAAGUCUUUCGAAAAAUGUUGGAAGACUUAAACCUAUUAAAGAGAAAAAAGAAAAAGAAAAACCUCCACCGAUAAUUAAAGACACGGUUGAAAACCUCACACGAGAAAGAAUGAUUGUUCUCGCAAGAACGCUAAUGAAAGACAAAAGAAUGGCUACAUGUUACAAACGAAACCCUAACAGAAUAGAACUUAUGCCACCUAUUGUGUGCGACGGAACACCGGCAUGGAGUCAUGAAGUGAGGUCUGACGUCAUAAUUCUUGUGCCAAUCAAAUCGCUCAGGUACACGAAAUGGAAAUAUUCUUCACCUGAAAUCGGAUACAUUGAAAUCGACCUUCCAAAGAAAAACCCUCGAUCGAAAAUAGACACGUAUUCUCCUUUACGAGCCGACGAUGAAAUACAUUUAUCCUCUUCAAAACUAAACAAGGCGUUGGUGGAAGUGUUCAUGGAAGGACUGAGACUUGCUAAAUUUGGAGAGUACAGUCUAUUGCCAGAACUUAAUUUUGACUAUCUUAAUGACACACUGGAACUCGUAUUUACGAAACAUCUCAGAAUACCAUUGGUUCCCGCCAUUUUCGUGUCUGUUGAUGAACCGCUGUAUGUGAUAAAACCAAACUUGCCAGACUUAGACCCCACCUCAGACACCCUCUUCCGUGCAUGUUUCUUAGCGCAAGAAGAAAACAUACUUCGCAAGAUCUCAAUCACUGAUCAUGGUCUUCGUGUUGACGCCUUGAAAGUCAUACAUACAUUAUGUAAGCAAGACUGGAGACUGCAAGCGCUCACUGUGUAUCAGCUCAAAAAUGUCCUCAUGCAUGACAUUGAUUUCGAAGUCGACCAUUCACCUAGGUGGCAGAGAGUUACCAGAGACAUCUGUGUUCAGUCCAUCUUGAAAAGACUUUUAUACUUUGUCAAGAAGCAGAAUCUGCCACAUUUCUUCCAAACUGAUUUAAAUUUGUUAAAAAGAAUUCCAGAAAAAACUUUAACGUUCAUGCAGACCCCUCUAAAGAGGCUGGUUAGCAACGAGCCUCAGUUGUUGAGAGACCUGCAGAGGGCAUCACGGACUUAUGAGGAGAGUGAUACAAGCUCAGAAAGUGAUGAAGACUGGUGGUGAAAAGAAAAAUGAUCUUGGAACAUACACUAUCUUUAUCGCAUUUCUUUAUUUUACUUGUAUGAAACCAUGUUUGCAGAUAAAUUUUUACUUUGAAAAGUAUUCAACCUCAAAAACUGCGACGUAAAAGAUAUGAAAACAGACAUACGAAAACGAAAAACAGACAUAUACUUUUAACAUACAUUAGUAAUGGAAAGUUAUAAAAAUGAUCGAUUAAAAAUCAGAUCUCGCAUGACAUUCGCCCUGUCACAGUGUAUGUUGCAUGUUAGAUGUUUUGGAUGUGUGACAGUCCCUAGCAGUUUUUAUGGAAGCAAUACAAAAAAACACGUUUCUAUCUGAAAUCUAGUCUGUGUAGUUAAUAGUGAACAUGUCAUAAAAAUGUUUAUGACGAAUAGGUCAUAGUACCAAACAUGAACUCAAUAUGAUGAAAAAACUUUCAUUUGUAAGAUUAUCAAAAAAAUAUAGCUAUGAAAACUCUUGAAAAUGAAACUGAAACAUUUAUACUACCGGUAUUUCCCGUGUGCCUUUUAUAAACGGAUUAAAUUUCGAAGAGGCAACACAUUAAAGUAAACAAGUUAAGAUUUUUCUUUACAGUUAUUUUGAUGAAAUAAAGCUCAAUAAAACC